CAGUCGGUCUCAGUCAGUGCAUGUGCGCGGACCGCCUGCGCUCCCCAUUCUGCUCACACACACCGACCCUUCCUUCACAGACUGUAACUAGUACUCGCUGGGGACAAGAUUUUUUUUCCUGCACAAAAAACAGCAACCAUCAUCAGCCAGCACCACAACCUCUCUGCUGGCUAUUCGUUAUUUUUUCUCUCUCCACACUGCCCUCCCGCCCUCUCUUUAUUUCUUCACGGUGUUGGAAGAAAAUUGGUUUUAUUCAAGUGGUGUGUUUUUUUUUAAAAAAAGGAAAAAUAACCCCCAAGCACCAGCCCCUCUGUCAAAAAAAAUUCCACCCAUAAAACAACCGACAGCAGCAGCCACCGAGGGAGGAUGGAUGUUCUACCGAGGUGCAGCAUCUUCCAAGAGCUUCAGAUUGUGCAUGACACUGGAUACUUUUCAGGUCUGGCAUCACUUGAAGAAUACUGGCAGCAGACUUGCCUGGAGUUGGAGCGGUACCUUCAGAGCGAGCCCUAUGUAUCCGCAUCUGAUUUUAGAUUUGAUGGACAGGAUGAUCUCUUAAGCAAAAUCUUUAUGGCAUGUGGGGAGAAGGAUGAAAGUGACCAGAAGAAUCCAAGCUUAUCAGAGGAGGAGACCCAGGAAAAUCAAAACCUGGAAACCAAUAGCAUGACCUCUGACAUCAGCAAUGAGUCACUGGACAGCUCUGAGGAACUUUCGCCCACGAUAAACUAUACUUUGAAUCCUUUAAAUACCGUUCUAGCAAAUUCUGAAAACAUAAAUUCUCCGGUUCUUUCCACUCCACCAUCCUCUCCAGAGACAACCAAGGAAUUUCCUGCUCCGUUGUGGAACAAUCUGCCAGCAAACGUACCUGAGCUGGGUACCCCAGUCAAAAGUCGAGGCGGAAACACCACAAAACCGUUGGAUAAAUCUAGUGCAGUAAACGGGGAAGCAUCACCUGAUGGUAGGAGAAGAGUCCAUCGAUGUCACUUCAAUGGGUGCAGAAAAGUAUACACCAAAAGUUCACAUCUAAAAGCACAUCAACGCACUCACACAGGUGAAAAACCUUACAGGUGUUCAUGGGAAGGAUGUGAAUGGCGAUUUGCACGAAGUGACGAGCUUACGAGGCACUUCAGAAAGCACACCGGGGCAAAACCAUUCAAAUGCUCGCACUGUGACAGGUGUUUUUCUAGAUCUGACCACCUGGCCCUGCACAUGAAGAGACACCUCUGAGCUUGUCUAGAGCGAAACCUGGUCGGUGAUUCAGCUUGAACUGCCACAUGAGGAGGAACGUAUGCUUCACCCAAAGCAUGCCAUUUUGCACCCUACCCAGUAGCCUCCAGGUCCUUUGCCAAGGUGUUCUCAGAGACUGUUAGUGUGAGAUGCAGCCUAGUAAUUGCAGUCGGAGCAUAAUGUCGGGGGGUGAUUUCCUUGGGUGCAUACACCGACCGGCAUCUAAUCUUACAAGUGUCUGCCAAGCCUCUGCUGUGAGCAUGUGCACUGAGAGUGUUGAUGACUAGGCGAAUGACUGUAUGAUGAGAAACCAAUGAUUUUUAUUGUGGUUGGGCGAGAUUGAGUUGAGAAAAAAAACAAUCUGGAUGAGUGUG